AUGGCAAUGCUGCUUCAUCUGGACCGAAUACCAAGGCUCCACAACAUCCUCGCCGCCGCAUUUGGCUGGAUUCUACUCGCCGGCUUUCUCGUCAUUCCAGGAACUUUCACAGCUCUCCAGAAGAGCGAAGCUUACCAGGCUGCCAAUGACAAUGAGGCCUCGCAAGUUGCAAACACCGUCGUUAAGUCUAUCGACAAUGUGCCGUUAGUCUACGUCAGUGCCUUCCUGAGUGGUAUCGGAGCGCUCGGCUGCAUUUGGCUCUGGCUUCGAUGGAGGAAGAAUUACGUGUGGCUGAUCAACCGAGUCUUUCUGCCCACGCUGAUGAGUUCAUUAGCCGGCGUCCUUUCUACCGUUGUCAAUGUCUAUUCCGCCCAGGAGGGUGUAUGGUCAGUGACGGCAAAGAUCGCCGCCAUAGUUACCGGAAGCUGCGCAGGCGUGUCUCUUGCUCUUUUCUGCCUUUACAACUUCUGGGCGCUGAAAGGAAUAAAGAAGCGGCACGAGGAGGAGUUCCCGGAAGAGCUCAAGUACCAGGACACCCAGAGGAGCGGGAAAUCUGAUAGUGCAAGCAAGCGAGCAGAGAAGCAGAAGAACCGAGAAAGCUUGGUGGAAAAGGUAAAGAGAAAGGCGCACGAACCACCGAUACAGCCAGGGAGUGUCGUUUGA